UCCCAUUGCUACGGCGCUGAGUCCUCGCGUGCUGCUGCUCUCCACGCCGCGCAAGGUGGCAAUGGCAUUCAAUCAUCACUUGAGUCCUUGGAGUUGAACCACACAAACGCUGCUGCCAAUGAGGAUGGUCAAAUGGAAGACGAAACAAAACGCCACUUGAAUCUGGUUCUCAUCGGCCAUGUUGAUGCUGGAAAAUCAACUGCUGGAGGCCAAAUAUUGUUGUUGAGUGGUCAAGUUGAUAAACAGACCAUUAAGAAUUAUGAAGAAGAAGCAAAGAAAAAAAGACGAGAAAGCUGGUAUAUGGCUUAUAUUAUGGAUACAAAUGAGGAAGAGCGACUUAAGGGGAAGACCGUCGAAGUUGGUAGAGCCCACUUUGAGACUGAAAAUACAAGAUUCACUAUUUUGGAUGCACCGGGCCAUAAAUGUUAUAUACCAAAUAUGAUAGCUGGUGCAUCUCAAGCUGACAUUGGUGUUCUGGUCAUAUCUGCUCGAAAAGGUGAAUUUGAAGCUGGUUAUGAAAGUGGAGGGCAAACACGUGAACAUGUACUGCUUGCAAAAACUCUAGGUGUUUCUAAGUUGAUUGUUGUCAUCAACAAGAUGGAUGAACCUACAGUACAAUGGUCUAAAGAAAGGUAUGAUGAAAUUGAAGGGAAAAUGGUUCCUUUUUUCAAAUCUUCAGGAUACAAUGUUAAUAAAGACGUCCAGUUCUUACCAAUAUCUGGUCUUUGUGGAACCAAUAUGAAGACCAAGAUGGAUAAAAGCAUUUGUAGCUGGUGGGAUGCUCCGUGCCUUUUUGAUGUUUUGGACCAUAUCGAAGUUCCUUUGUGUGACCACAAAAGUUCAGUAAGGAUGCUGAUAAUUGGUAAAUAUAAAGAUCAUGGCACUGUUGGCACUGUUUUAAUAGGAAAAUUAGAGUCUGGGACUAUCACAGAGGGUGACAAUUUGUUGGUUAUGCCGAACAAGUCCAACGUAAAAGUCAUUGGUAUAACCUUGGAUGAGAGGAAAGUACGGCGUGCUGGACCUGGUGAGAAUGUUUGUGUCAAACUAAAUGGAAUUGAAGAGGAGGAUAUUAUGGGUGGUUUUGUACUUUCCAGCAUCACUAAUCCUGUUGGUGCUUUCGCUGAAUUUAAUGCUAAACUGCAUAUUCUAGAGUUGCUCGAUAAUGCUGUGCUCUCUGCUGGCUACAAGUCAGUUUUACAUAUCCACUCUGUUGUUGAGGAGUGUGAAAUUGUUGAUCUCAUAGAGGAAAUUAACAUGAAAAAAAUGAAAGAACCUUAUCCAAAGAAAAAGAAGCCAAAAGGGAAGCUUAUUUUUGUGAAGAAUGAUGCAGUUGUAGUUUGUCGCAUUCGGGUGAAUAAUUUGAUAUGCAUAGAGAAGUUCUCUGAUUACCCUCAGCUUGGAAGAUUUACUCUACGGACAGAAGGAAAGACAGUUGCUGUAGGGAAGGUUGUUGAUGUUCCUUCCUCUGCAAGGUUUUAAGCUUAAGACAAUUUUGAUAGAAUGAGGGAUAGACACUUCAGCCCAGUUCUUUCCGGCUAUGGAUUGUGCAGAAACCGCUCUAACUCGAACUUCCUAGAGAAACAAGACUGGAAAUAAGCUAGUGAGAAACUGCAUUCCAGACUUCCAGUUCUUUUCAGCUUUCACCUUUCCAACUUAUUGUUGUAUGGGUUGUCUGAUAAAAAUCCUAAGUGCCCCUAGAAUAACUUUGCAUGCUGACUAACUGAUAUUGGGCUAGUUGUUACAGUUUUGCCACAUGUAUGAGUACAAAUUCAAAAUCUAAGAUCAUAAAGUGCUAAAUACUGCAAA